AUGGCUGCUGAAAACGAAACUGUGGUGAGGGAUUUUGUCUUGUUGGGCUUUGCCAGUGUCCCCAAGAGCCAGGAGCUGCUCUUCACCCUAUUCCUUCUCAUCUAUGUGGUCACCUUGGCUGGGAAUGGGAUCAUCAUUGUGAUAACCAGCAUUGACCCUCGCUUGGAUACUCCCAUGUACUUUUUUCUUAGAAACCUUUCAAUCAUUGACAUAUGCUACAUCUCCAGCACUGUGCCCCAGCUGCUUGUGCACUUCCUGAGCCAGACACACACUAUCUCCCUGGUAGCUUGUGCCCUGCAGAACUAUGCCUUCUUUGCUUUUGGGGUGACUGAAUGCUUCCUGCUGGCUGUCAUGGCCUAUGACCGAUAUGUAGCAAUUUGCAACCCACUAAACUAUACCCUUGUGAUGAGUCGCUAUGCUUGUGGCAAGAUGGCAGUGGCUUCAUGGGUCAGUGGUUUCCUCCACUCUGUAGUGCUGACUGUCUACACUUUCCAUGUGCCAUUCUGUGGGUCCAACCAAAUUGACCACUUCUUCUGUGAGGCACCCCAGGUGCUAAAGCUGGCCUGUACUGACACCUAUCUCAACGAGCUGGUCAUCUUUGCUGUGGCCAUACUGGUGCUCAUUAUCCCGCUCUCUUUGGUCUUUGUCUCAUACUCACAAAUCCUAACCACCAUCCUCCGCAUGACUACAGCUGCUGGGCGCCGCAAAACCUUCUCCACCUGUGCCUCACAUCUGACUGUGGUAUCCCUCUUCUAUGGGGCAGCCAUCUUUAUGUACAUGUGGCCUAAGACAAGCCAUUCAGCCCAGCAAGACAAGAUGAUCUCCUUGUUUUAUGCUGUCAUCACUCCCAUGAUCAACCCCAUGAUCUACAGCCUCCGGAACAAAGAAGUGAAGGGAGCUGUGAUGAGGGCUUUAGGCAGGAAGGUGUCAUCAUAA